UAUGCUCGUUUAGUUAUAGGCAAGGGAUUUGGCACAGAAAUAAGCCAUAAUUAAUCUUUGCCACAGAGAGAAAAAUGCAGAAAGCAAAGGAAACAUCAGCCGACGUAGCUGCUUCGGCAAAGUCCGGUAUGGAUAAGACCAAGGCCGCUUUACAAGAAAAGGCUGAAAAGAUGACUACUGAUCCAGUGAAAAAGGAGAUGGCUGAGCGGAAGAAAGAGGAAAAGUUCUUUGAAGCAGAGUGUGAGAAGGGACGGAUGCGCCAAGCUGCCAGGAGAGGCGACCACAACCUCCACACGGCGGGUGAUCCGCUCGGCCACGCUGGUUACUCGGCUCAAGGGCCGGUUAGGGAGGAUUAUCCAACUAGCGUGACUAGUGGAGUUGUUGGGUCGCAGUAUCCUGCUGGAGUGAACACGGGGAGUGGAAGGACCGGUGUUCUUGAUCCUGACCGGGUGGAUGUGGGCAGACCGGGAGUUCAAGACCCCGGGGUUGGCGGCGGAGGAGCUAGGACUGGUUAUGGACCUGGUGCUACAUAUUAGCUAGCCUGAGUGUUUAUGACGCAUGUUUUAGUUUGAGCCAAUACUUUGUUUAGUAGUAAGGGAUGAUCCUCUUAUAACUAGGGUUGUAUUAUACAGAA